GGUGCUCUCCAUGGGCAACAAACAGACGGUCUUCACUCGUGAGCAGCUGGAAGCCUACCAGGACUGCACCUUCUUCACGAGGAAGGAGAUCAUGAGGCUCUUCUAUCGCUACCAGGACCUGGCUCCCCAGCUCGUCCCUCUGGACUAUACCAGCUACCCCGAUGUGAAGGUGCCCUAUGAGCUCAUUGGCAGCAUGCCCGAGCUGAAGGACAACCCCUUCCGCCAGAGGAUUGCCCAGGUCUUCUCCGAGGAUGGGGAUGGACACAUGACUUUGGACAACUUCCUGGACAUGUUCUCUGUGAUGAGUGAGAUGGCUCCCCGCGACCUCAAAGCCUACUACGCUUUUAAGAUUUAUGACUUCAACAAUGACGACUCCAUCUGCGCUUGGGACCUGGAGCAGACGGUAACCAGGCUGACACGGGGCGAGCUCAGCGCAGAGGAGGUGAGCCUGGUGUGCGAGAAGGUGCUGGAUGAGGCUGACGGGGACCACGAUGGGAGGCUGUCCCUGGAAGACUUCCAGAACAUGAUCCUGCGGGCACCUGACUUUCUCAGCACCUUCCACAUUCGAAUCUGA